AUAGAUAAUAGAACAUAACCCAGUUGAAGAUUCCAAAGGUGUGGGAGUGGAGAGUAGAGAAAAGAUGGCGCGGUUGUGUGUGGCGUGGUGCUCGGUGGCGGUGCUAGUGUGCGCGGCGGCGGUUGGUGCGUCGUGGGUGGAGGAGCCGAACCUGAUACGAAUGGUUUCGGACGUGGAGUCUGACGAGGUGUUUGGGGUGAUCGGGCAGUUCAGGAAUGCGUUGACUUUUGCGAGGUUCGUUGAUAGGUUCGGGAAGAGGUACCGAAGCGCGGAAGAGAUGAAGGAGAGGUUCGAGAUUUUCAAGCAAAACCUGAAGUUCAUCCGCUCCGCCAACAAGAAGCGCUUGCCCUACACUCUCGCUGUUAAUCAUUUUGCUGAUUGGAGUUGGGAGGAGUUCAAAACACACAGACUAGGCGCUGCCCAAAAUUGCUCUGCUACUCAUAAGGGCAACCACAAGCUUACCGAUGCUGUUCUUCCUCCCACGAAAGACUGGAGAAAACAUGGUAUAGUGAGUGCAGUUAAAGAUCAGGGCAGCUGUGGAUCAUGCUGGACAUUCAGCACAACUGGGGCUUUAGAAGCAGCCUAUGCACAGGCAUUUGGGAAGAGUGUGUCUCUUUCUGAGCAGCAGCUAGUGGAUUGUGCUGGUCGUUUCAAUAACUUUGGCUGUAAUGGUGGGUUGCCAUCACAAGCCUUUGAGUACAUUAAAUACAAUGGUGGACUUGAAACAGAAGAAGCAUAUCCCUACACUGGAGAAGAUGGUGUCUGCAAAUUCUCUGCUGAAAAUGUUGCUGUUCAAGUCCUUGACUCUGUCAAUAUCACCUUGGGUGCUGAGGAUGAAUUGAAGCAUGCAGUUGCAUUUGUUAGGCCAGUUAGUGUCGCUUUCCAAGUGGUUAACGGUUUCCGAUUCUACCAGAACGGAGUUUACUCUAGCAACACUUGUGGUAGCACUUCCCAGGAUGUGAACCAUGCCGUUCUUGCUGUUGGGUAUGGAGUUGAAAAUGGUGUCCCAUAUUGGCUCAUUAAAAAUUCAUGGGGAGAAAGCUGGGGUGACAAUGGCUACUUCAAGAUGGAACUGGGGAAGAACAUGUGUGGUGUUGCAACUUGUGCGUCUUAUCCGGUUGUGGCUUAAAUUCCACAACAAUAUGUCAAUAUGGUUCCCUGGUUCAGAGUGUAGCUGACGCCAGUAAAGAAAAGUGCCAUCAUUGUAUGAUGAAAUAUGCACCUAGUUUACAUGAUGUAUAAAAUAAGCUAGAAGUUGCUGUAAAUCACUUGAGGAUAUCAUACAUAAGUUGUGUGUAUCACAGACAUAAUUUGUUAGAUGCAUAUUUAUAAUAUUUAUACUCCACUCUUUGAUUAAUUAGCUAUUGAAAGA